AUGGAAAAGUCACAACCUGCACCAUACCUACCACCGGAAACUUUGGUAGAGAUUUUUAGAAUUGUUGGAGAAUAUAAUAUAAAAUCAUUAUAUCCUUGUCUUCUUGUUAAUAAACUUUGGUGUGAGAGUGCAGCGUUAAUGUUAUGGAAAAAACCAUUUGAAGUAACAUCAUUAAGAGCUUCAGCUCAAUUAGUCAGCAUAUAUUUUUUAUUUUUUUCCCAAGAGACGAAAGACACGUUACUUAACAUGGAUAGAAUUGAUGUAUCACAUCCAACAUUAAAGCAUCCAAAAAUGGAUUAUUUGGCAUAUUUAAGAUAUGUUGACUUCAACAUGGUUUAUCGUGCUGUACGCAUGUGGGUUAGUCAUCAAACAUUGAAUGAACCUUUUCAUUCAGGACUUAAGAAAAUACAAAGUAAACAAUCGAGUCGUAUCGUGGAAGAAUUAGGAAAACUUUUCACAAAUGGAUCAUCACUAUAUAAAAUAUCACUUAAUACCAGGUCUUUGGAAUACAUUCCGGAAGAUGAAGAGCCAGAUUAUAGAUCAUGGCCAUGUUAUUCAGCACGUAAUUCAAUGAGCGAACUUCGAGAAUUUGUAUGUGGAGGACAAUUUGCAAAAGAUAAUAUCUUGCAAAAAUUAGCAGAAUUGUGUAAUGAAAUUGAGAUCGUCUCUAUUUAUGAUUCUUGUGGAACCUCACCACAAACCUUGAUUAAUUUUAUUAAAGCACAAAAGAGAUUAAAACAAAUAACUUUAACAAAUUGGCAAACAGAAUCAUUCAGUACUCUAACAUCGAUAUCAACACAAGUACGAACAUUUAAACACAUAGAAUUUAUUCAAUGUAAUUUUCCGACGAUGGAAAAUGGGGCGCGAUUUUUUUGUGGAUUAGCAAAAUGUAGUAACUUGCAAGUUCUGAAAUUUGAACAUUGUGACAAUUUGAACACUACUUUAAUGAGACCAUUAGCGAAAGCCGAAUUUCCAAGUCUACGAACAUUAAGUAUAGAUAACGUUUUUACUAAAGAUGCACCAUCAAUGGAACUUAAAUCAAUUAUAGAGAAUUGUAAAGAGACACUUAAAGAAAUAGUUUUAAGGAUCAACUUAACAUUUUAUACAGAUAUGUUAGAAACUAUCGCAAAAUUUUGUCCAGGACUUCAUAAACUAAAUAUAACAAUCGAAAGAGAUUCAGAGAUGCAACAACUUAUAACAUUAUUUAGAUCUUGUAAAGAAUUGAUAGAAUUAAUAAUUCAUCGAAGACAUAUAUUAUUUGAUCUUUGGUUUUUACCUUGCAAAUCUUUGGUAAAACUUGGAGGAGUGAUACCACCGUCAUUACGUAGAUUAGAAUUGAUUGGAAUUCAAUUUGAUCAUCAAUCAUGGAAUGAAUUUUUAAAUAUUUGUCCAGGCUCGAUUAAUUAUUUUGUUUUUGAUCACCCAAGUACGCAUUAUGUUAAACAUGUGGAAAACUAUGCAACACGACAUAAUAAAAUUAUCAAGGCUAAAGGAAUUUUAGAACACUCGUCUGGACAAUUUUUUAUAGAAUUGAGAUGA